AUGCAUAUUUUUGGGUCUAAAGUAUACGCACAUGUCCCUAAAGAAUUGCGCAGGAAACUGGACGAUAAAGCAAAGGAGUACAGAUUUGCGGGUUAUGACGAACACUCUAAAGGAUACCGCCUCUUAGACACUAAUACAAAUAAAAUCGUGAUAAGCCGUGAUGUAAAAUUCACAGAUUCAACGCAUGGUCUAGAUCAGGAUGAGGGAAUAUCAACUAAGGUAGAUGAAAAGAAUGAUACUGAUCAUUUAAACAUAAGGUUAUCUAAUGACGCAGCAGUCCGUUUGGAAGCAAAUGAAGCAGACGGAGACGUCACUGAAAACGAAGUCGAGGAUAACACUGAAUAUGAAAUCGACGAUAACUUCUGGUGA